UGGACGUGCGCGGUUCAAAACGUAAGACUCGAGCAAUAAAAUGACAGCUGAAGUGAAUAAAGGUCCCUUGCUGGGUCAGCGUCAUGUGCAGACCUUUUUGCUGUUCCUCUCGAUUGUCGUCAACUAUAUAGCCAAGUUCAAUGCGGGCGUUGCUGUUGUAGCCAUGACCAAUGCGCAGAGCACAAAUCCCAAUUUUCCUGAAUACGAUUGGAACGAGAUGGAACGCUCCUAUAUAUUAUCCAGCUUCUUCUGGGGCUACAUUAUGACCCAGUUUCUGGGCGGUUGGCUAUGUCGUCGCUAUGGCGCCCGUUUGACCAUGUUCGUGUCCACUUUUGGCUCGGCUUUGCUGGUGCUGCUGGUGCCCUUCUGCGUGCCCUGGGGCGGUUGGCAGGCGUACUGCGCGAUCCGAGUCUGCAUGGGCAUAUUUCAGGGUCUCAUGUUUCCCUGCGUUCAUGCGCAUUUGGCCAAUUGGUGCCCGCCCUCGGAACGUAAUCGGCUGGGCGCCUUGGCCAACACGGGUCUCGAUUGCGGCACACUCUUGGCCAUGUUCGUCAGCGGACAGGUGGCCGCCUCCAGCAUGGGCUGGCCCGGCAUCUUCUACAUCUCGUGUGCUGUGGGCAUGUUCUGGUGCAUUGCUUGGCUGAUCUUUGGCGCCGAUACGCCAAGGCAGUCCAAGUUCAUAAGCAAAGCGGAGCUGAGCUACAUUGAGUCCUCGAUCAGUGCGAAUAGCAAGCAGGAGCAGUUAAAGGAAUCACGGCAAAUACCUGUGCCCUGGAAGGCUAUUCUCACCUCGCUGCCGUUUUGGUCGCUGUUCUUGGUGCGCUGCACUCAAUCCUGGGGCUAUUCGACGCUGCAGGCCGAGAUACCCGCCUACAUGAACGGCGUGCUCUUGAUGGAGAUGAAGAGCAAUGCUUUGUUCUCGGCGCUGCCCUAUCUGGCCUCCUGGAUUAUGGCCUUUGUCUACUUGAUUGUUUCGGAUAUUCUGAUAUCUCGGGGCGCAUUGACAAUUACGGGCAUACGCAAGACCUACAGCUCGUUGGCCUCCUGGCUGCCAGCCAUUAGCUUGAUUGGCCUCAGCUUCUUGGACAGCAAUCAGAAGACUUUGGCCAUUGUUCUGAUGACAGCCAGUGUGGGCAUCAAUGCCGGCGCCACAAUUGGCAGCGCUCUGAACACAAUUGACCUGUCGCCCAACCAUGCCGGCAUCCUGAUGGGCAUAGUCAAUACAGGCGCCAAUAUUGUGCCCAUCCUAACGCCGCUGUUGGUGGGAAUAAUAGUGAAAAAUGAGCAUGAUCGCGUCGAAUGGCAGUUGGUCUUCAUCAUAUCCGCCGUCAUAUUCUUUUUUGGCAAUCUAUUCUACAUUAUCUUUGGCCGCAUGGUGAAUCAGCCCUGGAAUGACGCAGACUUUUUGGAUGAGCAGAAGCAAGCGCUUAGCCAAGAAGAGGGAAAAGCAGCCAAAGCCAAAUCCAAAUCCAAAUCCAAGUCCUAAGCCUUUGAGGCACACAAAGAGAAUGGCACAUAUUGCUGCAGUUACUCGAUCGAUCAGUAUAGCUUUAUUCUUACAUCGAGCAGGCCAUCUAGUGAUAACAAGACAUACGAAAUAGCAGCGCUAAUAGUUUUAACUAAUAUCAAUUAAGAACAACUCACGGCUGGCUCGUAGACGAACAACCAACUCUAGUUAAUAAAUAUAUAUUUAGAGACUCAACAAAUAAUUUCUGAUAUUGCUUAUCUGCAUUUAAUGAGACUUCGUACUUCUGAGCUAAUCUUUUUCAAUUAUGUUCUAAAGCACUCGAUUUCAAUUAUAUAUAUAAUUGUAGUUGACUUUAACGUAGCUAAAAUCACGGCGAAAGCCUGGGAACAUGCACUGAAUGAUAGUUUUUGUUAUCGCUCUAUGGCUGUAGAUUAAAUGCCUUUACUUUUUGUUGAGAGUGUAGUAA